AUGUAGGAUCGAGCAGAUAGCGAACAAUAUUGUGCUUGUUGUUUAGCCACGCGACCUAUGGCUGCCCAUAUCGGUCGUAAGUGGAUGAACAGACCGUUGCAUUAGAAGCUAGGCAAUUAGCGGCUUCCAGAGGUCUAGUCUUACUUCCGGUGCUAUGCUGUUUUUCUUUUCAAGUAUUAAUGAAUUCCUAAGAACUUAAUAUCUGGAAACUUUCAUUAUAUUGUAUUAUCUUGUGUAACAACAAAAGCCAUCACGGAACGCCAUAUCUGUCCCGAGAUCUUCGCAUCGUUGCCACACGAGGUAAAGAGGACCAGGCCUGACGAUGAUGGGGAAGAAACAACGAACUUGCAACCGAGGGUUUCCCGUGACAAAUACGUGAGCGGAGAAGAGAACAUCAACAGUGAAGACACCACUCCACAAUCAUCAUCAACUGAGUCUCCUGGUUUGCCGUUACCUUUGUCAAACUCGGUGAAAGAAGAACCGACAAGUGUGAUUCAAGAGAACCAACUUCCAGUAAACUUCACCAAUUCAGAGUCAGACCUUGGAUACAUAGGAGAACUGCCUAUUACUAAACUACCGGCCUUGGAGUAUCAGACACCAACUUAUGCUGGUUCAUAUUAUACCAGCAUGCAAGCAUAUGGCCAACUUCACGUAGGCGGACAGAACUCGACGUAUUCCGUGCAGCCAUCAGCGGGUUUCUAUAAUUGUCAGACUGGAGGACACGUGGGAAACUUUGGAGUCACAGGUAGCAGAAACUUAGGAGCACAACCAAAGGCGGGUAGUCCAGCUCUUACACAACCUGGCUACUUAAAUCCGUAUAGUACAACACUGGGGACAGUUGGAUCUCCUCAACCUUCACAGAACACUUAUACAUACGGCAGUACCUAUCCCACCCCACCGUUUCCAGCUGUAGCUGUCAAUGGCCAAUCUUUGGGCACAACACAACAGAGUGUGGACUACAGUUCAUACACUGGAUAUAGCCAAACAGGAUACCCAUACUAUCCUAACCAGGGCUAUGGGGCAUAUCUACCGGCUGUAAACGGCAAAUCGUCAUUGGGGUUCACUGGAGCUUCUUCUGGAACAUAUCAGCUUUCACCUCUUCCUGCCCUUUUAAACGGAGAAACCUUGCAGUACACUGAAAAUGGAUGUUCUCCUAACAAAGUGGACGCAUCAAGUGUUAGUAAGAAAAACACCAGUAAAAAUAGUCGGAGUCGUGGCCGUCGUCAUACUAACCCGUCUCCUGAUCCUGACAAUAACUUGGAGCGUGUGUUUGUGUGGGAUCUAGACGAAACUAUUAUCAUAUUCCAUUCUCUUCUCACUGGAUCUUUUGCUACUCGUUAUGGAAAGGAUGCCCCCACAGCUGUUGCUUUAGGCUUAAGAAUGGAAGAAAUGAUUUUCAAUUUAGCUGAUACCCAUUUCUUCUUUAAUGACUUAGAGGAGUGUGACCAAGUCCACAUUGAUGAUGUUUCGACGGAUGACAAUGGCUUGGACUUGAGCAACUACAACUUCCAAGCAGAUGGGUUCCACUCAGCUGCCACAAAUACCAGCCUUUGUCUUGCCACAGGUGUGAGAGGAGGCGUGGAUUGGAUGAGAAAACUAGCGUUUCGCUAUCGGAAAAUCAAAGAAAUCUACAAUCAGUACCGAAACUCAAUUGGAGUAAGUGGUUUUAACGGGCUUUUAGGUCCUGGCAAGCGAGACCAAUGGGUUCAGCUACGAACUGAAAUAGAAAGCUUUACAGAUUCUUGGAUGACAUUGGCUUUGAAAUGUCUUUCCGUGAUUCACUCCAGAAACAACUGUGUCAACGUUCUAGUAACGACUACUCAGUUGGUACCUGCACUGGCCAAGGUUCUUUUAUAUGGACUAGGAGGCGUGUUCCCGAUAGAAAACAUUUACAGUGCUACAAAAAUAGGAAAGGAAAGCUGUUUUGAGAGAAUUAACUCAAGGUAUGGCAGGAAAUGCACUUAUGUUGUUGUUGGAGAUGGCAGAGAUGAAGAAUCAGCAGCCAAACAGAUGAACUUUCCUUUCUGGAGAGUUAGUUGCCAUUCAGACCUUGCAGCCUUGCAUCAUGCUUUGGACGUUGGUCACCUUUAGACCGACCAUCAGGUGGUAUUACAAAUCUAGCCUUACAGUAUUCAAUAUAUUGGUCUGUCAAAGUUUUAUACCAUCCAUUCCAAGCCUGUUACUCAAGCACGUGUUUUUUCCAGCAGAAACCUGUACGUCCGUUUGAUUUCUGUAUGUGUUUGAUGGGAAUGAACAGAGACUUAAUCCAGUAAAUAAUGUGAUUUAGUAUGCUUAUUGUACAAAACGGCGAAGAAAAGAAACAUUCUUGUUUGGAAAAAAAAGAACGUGGAUAUAUUAACAAAUGUUACUAUGGACAAUGAAGGUAAUGAUCGUAGGGUGGGAGGGGUAGAUAAUAAGGACGGUAAAUAUUUCCUUACAAUCUGCAUUCUACAGGAAAAAGAAUUGUAUUGAUUAUAUUUGUAGUAAUGUUGUCACUUGUACAGUGGGUAAAGAAAAUUCAUCACCGACUGUUAUAACUCAACAUAAAUGUACUGCAGACGAUGAUCAAGACGAAAGUCAUUAAGAAAUCUUAUUCUAGCUUUAAUUUUCUUUUAGAAAAAGUUUGAGGACAAUGUAUAAGGUAUCUAAAAAAACAAUCGAUUCAGAAAAUAUAGCCAUAAUAAUAUGGGUAAGACAUAUCAAAAUAAAAUUCGAAGAGGUGUCGCUAAUAUGCUUCUCCCUUGCCUGAAUUUUCUCCCUUUUUAAAUUUUGAGCUAAAGAUGGAGUGAGCUAGCUCGAACUAUUUUUUUCAUUCUACUUGUCACACAGUUCUGAGCUUCUAACAGCUUUAUUAUUAUUUCUUUUUACCAGUGAAUUGUUUAAAUAUAUUAACCUUCAAAUCAAAAAUAGCGUUAAGCGCAUUCUUUGGUAUUUUCAUUUACUGGGCGCGUCAUCUGUAUUUCAAAAGUUUCACUUCAGUAGGAAUCCGGAAAUAAUUAAACAUUUAAAGGUCUCUAGCAAAGUGUGUUGUUUUACUUAUUUUGUAUGUAAACUUUUGUGAUUUCUUUACUUAAAGUUUUAUUUGUAUAGUAAAAAGAAGAACAUAUUUUUCACGUCUUCGUUGAUUUUUAUCACUAGUUACAUACUAUGUUUUUUCUUGCUUGUAAUACUAAAUCAUACAUAAGAUGAUGAAUAUUCUAGUACUUAUAUAUUUAGAUACAAAUUUUUGGUCAUUUUAAUGCUAGCAGUAAUGUUUUAUUAGAUGAUGGUCAGGAGUUAAACGACAAUUAUAGUUUACAAUGUAAGUAAAGGCAUCUAAAUGGUUGUUAAGGCUACAGUUGUUAUGCCAAUAGAUGAUUAUGCUACUAGCGAGGGGAAGCUGGAAGUAAUGUAAGUGAUUUAGUAAACAAAAAACAACAACAACAACAAAAAAAAAAACAGAUGUUCAGAAGGAAAUGUCAAAUAAAUAAAAAUCAAACUGAUAUAACAUAAGCUGAAUUAGUGUGGUAAUAUAAGGCUUGAAUCAGACUGGAAAUUAAAAGUCCAACGCGAACUUUAACUACAAUUAAUUUUCUGUCCUGCUCACAAUUUUGGCGUAUUUCUAAUCUCAUUUAAAACCUUCAUCACAGUAUAAAUCACAAGACUAACACGUAUCAGCUCUGCUCACGAUGCUAACGUUAUAGGAUUCUAUUGUAACAUUGCAUCAAUAACUAGGAAACACGGCUGACCACACUACAUCUGAAUGCAUCAUGAUAAAAUUACUUGUAACUAAAACAUAAGCAGAGUGAAGUAUGGGUUGUAGAUAAAAAUUUGGUUUUAGUUUUGAAGGGUGUAUUAACCCACUGUACUGCCAGCACUAGCCCAGCUUAGUUCGGUUUAUCCUCCUUUUAUGAUCUGAAGCCAUUAAUACCGAUUACUUCGGUUCACCUUUCUUUCUGAACAGAAGCAGUUAAUCCAGCUUACUUCAGUUUUCCUUGUUUUCUGAAUUGAAGACGGCAUUAACCCAGAUUAGUCCGUUUUAUCUUCUUUUCUCAACUGAAGCCAACAUUUACCCUAGUCGGCAUUAACCAAAAUUAGUCCGUUUUAUUUUUUUUCAACUUAAGCCAACAUUUACCCAAGUCGGCAUUAACCCAAAUUAGUCCGUUUUAUCUUCUUUUCUCAACUGAAACCAGCAUUUACCCAAGUCGGCAUUAACCCAGAUUAGUCCGUUUUAUCUUCUUUUCUCAACUGAGCCAACAUUUACCCAAGUCGGCAUUAACCCAGAUUAGUCCGUUUUAUCUUCUUUUCUCAACUGAAGCCAACAUUUACUUAAGCCGGCAUUAACCAAAAUUAGUCCGUUUUAUUUUCUUUUCUCAACUGAAACCAGCAUUUACCCAAGCCUGCAUUAAUCCAGGUUACUGUGGUUUACCUUCUUUUCUUACCUGAAGCACGUAUUAACUCAGAUUAGCUUAAUGUAUCUUUUUUUACUGAAAUGAUUGUUAUUUUAUUUCGUGCUGUAUUGGCUAAUGCGACUAAACAAACUUAAUACAUGAGGUAUUCUUUACAAUUAAUUGGUUAGUACUUCGACGAUAGUAACGUGUCAUAUUGACGUUAAAAUUUCUUACAGUAUAAGAUAAAAAUAUGUAAAAAAAUACCUCUCAGUGUUUCUUGUGUCUGUUAUUUGUUUAGCUGUACGAAAGAAUUAUAAACACUUUUACCAAAUACUUUGGUAGGGACCUGAAGGAUUCAGAAGAAGUUGUUAGUAAAUUAGGUAAAGCUUUAUAUUAUGUUAGUCAUAUGAGUUACUUUCAUUAUUAACAUUUAUGUUACAUUUCCAUUAAAAACUGGCUUGAAAGAAAUUGAGUGUAAUUGUAUUAUCUUUAUAUAAAAUUUUAAUCAAUUCA